ACAAAUAAGUUCAGUCCAGCAGGAAAUGGAAGCAGCUGAUAAUGUCUUGUUGAAAACUGUGCUAAUACACAACAAAAAGAACUGUCUAGUUACUUUAUUUUCAACUCAUAUUUGUUGGGGAUUAAUGUCUUGUGGAGCAGAUGCCAUUGGACAAUAUUUAGAACCGUUUUACUACCAAAGACAUGAGUCAGUCCCAAUUCAAGAAAUCAUUGCCAUAACCCCUGAGAAAAUCCAGCACGCCCAGGAAAAGAAACAAAAUGCCUCUUUGGGUAUCGAGUUGAUCAGCCUCGAGACACGCUCUUUCUGCCUCCAUGUUGUGAAGAGAGUUGGUGGACAUAGAUGGAGGGUGAGGAAGGUGAUAUUUGACUGCCCUGAUGGCCAGGCUUGUGGAGACUGGAUAGAUGCUGUACAGAGCAGGCUGAACAGUAAAGAAUAUGGCCGUCCUAAGCACCUGCUCACUUUUAUCAAUCCAUUUGGUGGCAAAAGGAAGGCAGUGAAGAUUUAUGAAGAAAAGAUUGAACCAUUGUUUUACUUAGCAGGGAUAGCCAGUGAAGUCAUAGUGACUGAGAGAGCCAACCAUGCUCAUGAUUAUAUAUUGGAAGAGGAUUUAAGACAUUAUGAUGGCAUAAUCUGUGUAGGUGGUGACGGCAUGUUUGCUGAGCUCCUGAAUGGUCUGCUACGACGGACCCAACAGGAUGCUGGGAUACACGACGCAAAUCAGGAAACAAAACUAGUUAAUCCUAGGCUCAAACUUGGAGUCAUUCCAGGAGGAUCAACAGAUGCAGUUGUCUAUACUACCUGUGGUAUAAAUGACCCUGUCACGUCAGCCUUGCAUAUUAUCAUAGGAGAAACUGUCGGUGUAGAUGUUUGCAGCAUACACCAGGAGAACCAGAUAUUGCGCUACUGUGUGUCCAUGCUGGCUUAUGGUUACUUUGGUGACGUACUGAUUGAUAGCGAGAAACACAGGUGGAUGGGACCAAAAAGAUAUGACUGGAGUGGCUUUAAGCGGUGGUGCAAGAAAUUUGUGUAUGAGGCAGAGAUAUCUUACCUGGAGUGUCCUGACACCAGGCAUCACCCUAGAGAUGGGUCCAGAUGCUUUGCAGGUUGUGAAAUUUGCAAUUCCAUACAACACUCAGAAGGAGAGAGCCUUUAUUCUGAUGACAAAUGGCAAACUUUCCAAGGACGCUUCAUCAGCUUCCAGUCCAUCACAAUGCCAUGUCGCUGCGAUCUUAGUCCCAAUGGCGUGUCCCCCUCCCAGCACCUUAGCAAUGGCUAUACUGAUCUUAUCAUUGCCAAAGAAUGUUCACAGGUGGAUUUUCUCAGACACAUGUGGAGAGUCAAGAGUAAAACAACAGACCAGUUCGACUUUGAUUUUGUGGAGGUUCAUAGGGUAAAAGCAUUUAAAUUCCGACCAAUCCUAGAAGAUGGAGAAGAUGAAGAAAAUGAUGAUUCAAAUGGGCGGCAGCGUCUACGAACAAGACAACUUCGCGCUAGUUCUUGGAAUUGUGAUGGAGAGGUUUUAACAGAAGGUUUUAUUGACGUCAAGGUACACCACCAGCUCAUAAAGCUCUUUGCUCGGAAUAUCGAAGAUGAAAGGCAGCUGAAAACAGACUUCUGUGAGACCAGCUGUUAUAGUUGCAGUGCUAGGAGAUAAUGUGCUGGGUGGGACUGCAAUGUGUUAGUUGUGACUCCCAUUGUGCCAGUUGUAUGACUGCAAUGUGAUAGUUGUGACUCCCAUUGCGUCAGUUGUUUGUAUAAAUGCAAUGUGUUAGUUGUGACUUCCAUUGUGUCAGUUGUAUGACAUGCAAUGUGGCCACAACUCUCAUUACACAGAGUUUAACAAGAAAGAGGAAUUUGAGAAUUGUCUCGUACAAUGCUUUCCUUGCACCAGGUGUUCAUGAAGUUGACAGCAUAUGCUACCAAAUAUGUUCAUUGUUAUUGCAGUAAAUGUGAGAGAUGCUGUUGGAAGGCAUUCACGUUUGACCAGUUUCUUACAUUUAAACUUUUGAAGAUUUCAUCUUUUCAUUGACAUAUUUUGUUGAUAAAUUGAUGGAUAGUAAAGUGGAUUAUUACAGUAUAAUUAUAGAGUAGCUAUCAUGCUCUUUUAGUGGUAGACUUAAGAUAUGUUCUUAAUUUAUAGUUAAAUUGUUACAUUGUUAUGUAUUUUAGUAAAUAACUGGUAUACAUGGUUUAUCCAAAGAUGACACUGCUGUUGUAGUGCUUUAAUUGACCAAAACUAAGAAAGCUCAAACAAUCUACCUAACUUCCAAGCUCUGUAUAAUCAUCAACAUAGUUUUAGAAAAUAAUAUAAUAGCUUUGGGUACAAUCAUGGGCAGCUUUAAAUGCUACAAUGUUAAACAGCUAAUAAGUAUAUGUAUCCAGUAUAAGUGUUGAUCCCUCCAAAUGUUAAAAGAAACCUGGCAAUGUUUUAUUAUUUAUUUAUUUUCUUAAUAAAAUUAUAUGUACCUGAACAUUUGACAACUUUUGCCCAUUGUAAUUAUAUUGGAGGGAUGUCAUGCAGGUGUUAUAUCUAUGGUGGAAUAUUUACAGAGUAAGUGGCAAAGUGCAAUGAGGUAUAGUGUUAUAAUUUAUAAAGUCUAUGUAUCUGAUAUUGGCAACAUUUUGGUCAUUGUUAUAUGUUAAACAUGCUAUCUGUUAUGAUUAGAUUUUGUGCAAGUUUAAUCUUUGCUAGGUGAAUGGAGUGAGAAGCUUGGUACAAGUUAACAUAAUGCUGCAAAUAUCUUUUUAUUUAUCUGCUGAAAGGGGAAGAUAUUUUUGAAUCAUUACUUUUUGACAAUUUAUAAGUAGUUUGGUGAAUAAAAUGUAUUAAAUUUUGACAAAAUAUAUGCUUAAUAUCUGUAAUUUUCAGAGCAAAUGCUUAAUAUUUACGGUGUAAAUUGUCCAAAACGGCUGACUAUUCAGUUUAAGUCUUUAUAUUAUUGUUGAAAUUCUUUCAUAUGACUGUACAAUAACUGUCCCAUAUUGCUUACCCAGCUCAGUCCAUAAAUGUGACAAUAUUUAAGCACGGUAACAGUGGUACAUAUGUAUGUGUGCAUACACUUUCCCACAUGGUCAUACUGUACUAAAUUAUAAUAAGAGUGUUAUGCUGGAUAAUGUUGUUUUUCAGUUUUUGUAUACUGGUCAGUUUAGGACAGUAUGUUUAUAAUACAAUAUGUCUGGAAAUUGAUGUACAAGUCGAUGGGUUGUUUUUGCGUUACAUCAUUUUUAUCAUGAAAAAAAUGAUAAUAGUUACUAAUCUUAACUGCUUACCUAAGAUUUAAAUGGUUAUUUUAAACCUUUUUUUCAGAUUAAGAUUACGCUUAUAGCAGUAGAUUUAUUGUAUUAUAGUAAUCAAAAAGAAUAUUUACUAGAUGUUAUUUUUGUAAUUCACAGUUGAUAAACCUUUUGCUAUGGUUUCCUUACAUCACUUUAGAAUAUUAAGAGUUCCACUUAGACAGCUGUGAUAUAUGCUGCUGUUGUCAUUGUUAUUGGUUCGAAGUACAUGGAUACACAGGGGCAUACCUUUUCUUUUGCAGUGUAUAAUUUUUCGUUUAUCACAAAUUUAAUAAGGGUAUCUGUGAAGACAAUUGUUUCAGAAAAUGUAAAAAGAAAUAAGGCUGGAUAUAGAAUUACAUCAAUUUGAAUUUUAUUCAUUGAACAAAUAAAAAAUGUUACAUGUUAAAAUUCAAUGACAUUUUUUGCUUUUUGUCAACAUUCUUU